AUGGGCCAGCAGGACCUGAACCGAACAUGCAAUGCAGGUAACAAAGGUAUCACUUCUAAAAAUCCUGGUCUUUUCCUUUCUGUUCCUGAGAAUCCUAUGAAGUACCAGGUCUCCGUCGAGCUUGGUUCACCUUUUACUGCGAACAAAUUCCUCAAUUUCCAUUCCGAUUCCAUGUUCGACAGAAGAAUCGACAUAAGGACUACCUUCCCUCUCAACUUUUCCUCUUCACUGUAUGAUUCUCCUGAAUCAGAUACGAAUUCCCAACUUGACGACUCGGAGGAGGAUAUAACUGAAGAUGUGAAUGAGGACACACAGUGCAUCUAUAUUCCUUCAACGAGUCCUUUCUACCAUCCUCCUCCCAAAGCACGCCCAUUUGCUUCUUCCUCUUCCAACGUUUCAUUUUCCUGCGAUGCACUUGCUGAGGAUGGAUCAUUUCAAAAACAACCAGUGACAUCAUUCUGCGAGUCUCUGUCUCAGGCUUCUGAUGAGUGGAGUGAAGAUGAAGAAUCGAAAAACGCAGUGUGCCUUCACCAGAAACAUGAUCAAGAUCUGAGAUUUUCUCCGGUGGAAAUCUUUGAAGAGAAUCGCUUCGGUCCCGCGAACCCAGUCGCGAUAUACUUGAAAGUAUCAGAAAUAGCAUCUUUCAAGCCACUUCCGGAUGUUCCAAGAGGGAUCGAAUUCGAGUAUGAUUAUGAGGAAUAUGAUUCCGAAUCAUUGUGCAGCAGCAGUGAUAUGGAAGAGGAGAGCAAAGAGGUGGGCAUGCCAAGUUAUCAUUACCUUGAAACGAUGCUGAUGUAA